AGCUGUUUUUCAAAUGUUUUUUGAUGAGGAGCGGUCACACUAUUUCUCUCAAUUCCUGGCAAUAUGCAGUCUACUAGAUAUAAUGGCGUCAUCUGGAUGCGGCAAUGCGUGCUGCAUGCCAGGCGAACCUACUCCGUCAGCGCAAACGUAACUUCCGCCGGUAACAACACAAAGGGGGAACAUUUGCCGCCGGCGACGCCCACGAAAUCCCUCGAGAAGAUGCGUGGAUGGCAACUGCACAGCUACGGCGAUAUUGACGAGCUGCUGCUUUCCGACAUACUGAAGAUCCCACAAAUACGGAGCUCCAAUGAAUGCCUGGUGCGAGUACGGACAACGGCUGUGAAUCCCAUCGAUCUGGCCAUGCUCCGAGGCUAUGGAGCUACAGUUCUGAACAAACUACGCUGCCAGCCGGGAGAUGACAUUGAGUUUCCGCUCACACUGGGCCGCGAAUUCUGUGGAGAGCUGGUUCAGAAGGGAAUGGGCGUGACAUCCGAUUCACUCAAACUGGGAGCGCGUGUCUGGGGAGUUGUGCCUGUGCAUGACAGUCCUGGUGCUCAUGCGGAGUAUGUGGCUGUCCCGUCAUACUGUUUGGCUCCAGCACCCAAACAGCUAGACGACAGUGAAGCAGCCAGCGUGUUGUAUGCAGGAUUGACAGCCUGGUCGGGACUCUACAUUUCUGGCGGCUUGGGUGGCCCGUGUGGUGCCACCACAGCUGCUGGCGGUGGUGCACAUAAGCGCAUACUAGUCUUGGGCGGCUCCGGCGGUGUUGGCACUUUGGCCAUACAGAUACUUAAGUCGCAAGGCGCUCAAGUGCUCGCCACCUGCAGUGAGAACGCCGUGGAAAUGGUCCGCUGUCUGGGCGCCGAUUUCGUCGUAGACUACAAGAGCAGCGAUGCCAUGGACGAGCUGUGCAAGUUUGCACCCUACGAUAUUGUUUUGGACUGUGCCGGACAUGGAGGGGCGCAUGCAUCGGAAUUGAAAUUUGAUUUCCGGCAGUACAUUACCUUCUCGUCGCCACUGCUAGCCAACAUUGACCAGCAGGGCCUAGGACUGGGUGCGAUUAAGAAUAUGGUCGACCUGGUGCAGACCAAUGUGAAAUCCCUCGCGCAGCGAGGAGGAAUGGUGAAGUGGGGCUUCUUCAAUCCUGCUCCGCAUGGGAUUGCAUUCUUGGAGCAACUGGUGCGGCAGCGAAAGUUGAUCCCAUUGAUUGACAGCACUUUCAGCUUCGAGGAAAUGCCAAAGGCCUUUGAGCGCAUGAAGUGCGGACAUUUGCGGGGCAAGAUUGUGGUGAAGCUUUGAGGAGGGUCAACAUGCGACUGAUUGUUAUUGCUGUUUCAUUAAACAUUUUCUGUUAGUUAAUUAAAACAUUUUGCCGGACAAACUGUGAAACUUUGACCAGACCAGUCGCUGGUGACGCAGAUGUAUUCAAACACCUAUACCUAUAACAAAGUGCAUCACAGCCGCUUGCCCGCGGUUCAACGACUGUAUUUCUGAGCCGAACGAACCACUGACGCAUAUCAUUAUACAUAUUAUAUAAAGUAAUAGCAGAUCUAAACGAUAGGCACCCGACAAGGAUCACCUUUAAUUCACCGUGAAAAGCCGUACAGCCUCUGACAGUGGCUGUUAUCGUCUGCGGAUCUUCAUCGUUCCGCCUGAAGGGCAAUUGGUCGCUACUAUAUUCACCCCUUGGCACAUCCAACUAUCAGCGAAUCACUCUGGAGAACAUACUUCCGAGAGCUAUGCCACUAGCUGAUAAUACGCACAUGAGUGUGAGUCCAUCAUAUACCUAUUCUUGUACGACGCACGACACACGACUCUGUUCUGUGUAAAUUUCCGCGACGUCUGCUUAGCGGGCUACCUGUCCCACUGGCCAAUACCCCAAAAUAUCAUUAUCAGCUAAUCAUUAUAAGGCAGAGAGACGGGGUGAUGGCAAAGCACGCGGCAUGCCCGGGCUAAUCACAUCGCUCUCAUGUGUUAGCAACGUUCCAGAGCAUCGCAAAUGUGAGCUGUUCCCGUAUGUCGCUAUCGCCAAGGUCGAGGCUUUCCGAACAAAAACCAACAAAAUAAACCGUAUCAUGGUCCCGCAAUCAUCCUUCGAAGCCGACGGCCGGCAAAGAAAGCGAAAUGUGCACGCGUCUUUGUUUUGUUUUGUUUUGGUUUUAUUAAUAGUAGUUGAUCUCUCAAUUUGUUACCGGGCCCGUGGCCGUUGAAACGAUUGGGAAAACUGAAUGGCCUGUUGAUGGUUUGCUCUAGAAACCUGCUUUAGAUAAGAGUUAAUCUUUCCGCUUAGCAAUAUAUAUUUUUUUUGUAUGUAUGAGAGACAUCGCUACUGCAGUUGUGUUCUCAAUCAAAAACGAAUGACGAGACUUUAAUGGCAAAUAUUUGAUUUUUGCUUUUAUACCAUACAUUGUUUGUUACAAUUGUAUACAAUUGUUUCUUGGUUUCUGGAAACCUUAUCAAAUUAUUGGUACAAAAUCAGAAUUUGUACUUUAUUAAUGAUGAAAAUGUCUGUAUUUUUGCAUAAAGAUAGAGUACUAGAUUACAUCAAGAAACACACCUUUCUCAUGGGUAUUGGCUGUUCUAAGUACCGAUCUUUAAAGUUGUAUACUUUUCAUUUAUACCAAGACUACAUUAUGCGAAUUACAACAAUUAUUUAAUUUUACAUUUAUAAUUUGUGGUAACAUUUGAGAUUUUAUUUUUUAGUUCUUUUCUUGUUUUUUUUUUGGGUUUGAAAUUGUGAAAAGUGACGUUUCUUCUAUUAAUCAUAUAUGAGAAUGCUGGUAGAGCGCUGCACUUCAAUGCAUAAAUAUUUAUAUUUUUGGAAUAAGUGAUUUUGUUAAAAUUUAACAAAAAUGGUGCUUUUUUAAAGAGACUUAUGAAUAUAUAUGUAGAACUUUUCAAAAUGAGUUUACAA